AUGGAUCCAUCGCGAGAAGUUGACCAAACCGGUCCAGCAGGCCAGCCCGAGCCUAGUGAGACUGUCAUCGAGAACGUGGACGAGGAAUCGGCAACUCAUGACCACGAAGACGCAACUACAAUUCGAAUAGCGUCUCCCACCCAUACUCAAGACAGAACGACACAGCCCAAAGAGGAUUCAAUUUCUCAGAGGGCCUCGAGUUUCAGGGUGCAACGAUUCGCUGACAGACAAACACUUUCCGGGUGGUUUCCCCAGAUCGACAAUGACGAGAAGAAUAGUUGGCGCAUCUGGCUUUCGAGAAGAAGCCAGGCGCUGAUGGUGCAGAUUGGAAUCAUCGGUCUUAUCCUCAUGACGAAUUUUGGCUUGACCAUAUUCGCUGUCGCUAGCUAUGGGAGCUCAAAUGGAGUAGGGUUGAUAUACCAGGGUGAUUGUUCGACCGUCAAGAAGCUGGAUCAAUGGCUGCACCUAUUGAUCAACCUUCUCGGCACAGGCAUGCUGUCUGCCUCCAAUUAUUGCAUGCAGUUGCAAGCAGCACCCACCCGCGCGAAUGUAGAUGCUGCACACGCCGCAAAGAAAUGGUUGGAUAUUGGUAUUCCCAGUCUGCGGAAUCUUCGAUAUCUCAGCAAUUGGAGACGGGCGUCAUGGGCUCUUCUAGCAUUGAGUUCCAUCCCAGUGCAUCUGAUAUACAACUCGGCCGUUUUUCAAUCUUUAUCCUCACACAACUACACCGUUGCUGUUAUCAAAGAUUCGUUCCUAGCCAACAGUACCUGGAGUCUCACAACAGCAGAGGCUAAUCGUGCAGGCGAUUGGGGAUGGAAUGACACACGAGUCAAUCCAACUAAUCUCGAUUAUGAACAGAUCAUCCGUGAGAUGCAGCAAAACGCGUCGUCAUACCAAGAGAUGAACGUAUCAGACUGCUUUGCCCUCUACGACGACUACUGGCAGCCUCAAGGGAACGUCUUGGUGCUAGUCAAAAACCAGUCGGUACAAGCACCGCCUGAUGAUAGCCUUCUAAUGUAUGUCUCAAUUGUUCCCCGUUCGGACGAUUGGGGAAAGAACAUGUGGGCUUUAGGGAAUGGCACCGGCCGUUUCAUUGCUCAGUCGCCCCCCAAACCUGUCACCGUCUGGUAUCUCGGACCAAAGUACUAUGAGGUCGCCCGAUGCCUGGUUCAACCUCCUAACGAUUUGCACACGAAAUGCCGCUUUGAGUACUCGCCUCCUAUCAUGUUCACCAUCUGCAUAAUGAACUUCAUCAAAGCUUUUAUUAUGAUAUGCAUUUGGUACUUGAGAAAGUGGCAAGAUCAAAACCAACAUAGGAAGGCGAAGGAAGUCCUGUACACACUCGGCGAUGCAAUUGCAUCUUUCAUGAGGGACCCAUGCGACCAAACGAAAGACCUCGGUCUUUCCACAAAAAGUGAUUUCCUCACGACCAGGAAAUGGAAGGAUCGCCUCAAGAAACAAAUCCCAGUUAUUCUGGAAGAGACUAACAAUCGCACGGCGAAAGAGUUCUUUUCAACCGCGAAACAGUGGAGGUCUGCUGCCAGUUUCAAGCGCUGGGCGAUCCUUCUUUGCAUGUGCCUGUUGGUCAUCGUCAUUGCUGCAAUUCUCCUCAGCAUGUCUUUCGUCAGUCUUCGACACAGGAGGUUUGGAGUCAGCAUCCCUGAACUUUGGGGUCUCGGAUUCGGAGCUCUCACACCCUACACUUAUCUCGUCCUCAAUCUUCCUCAAAGAGAUCCUGUAGGGUUGAUAUCCAAUGUUCUCUUGGCCAACCUGCCUCAGCUGGUGCUUUCCAUCGUAUACAUCAUAUACAAUACCAUGCUGAGCACGUUUCUCGUACAGAGAGAGUUUAGCCGGAUGUACAAUCCCGAGUUCAGAAAGCCACUGCGUGUAUCUGAGCCAGUUGGGAUACAAAGGUCAAGCUAUUUCGUCUCCCUUCCUUUGAGAUAUGGCAUACCUCUCUACGCUAGCUCAGGGGUGAUGCACUGGUUGAUUUCGCAGAGUCUAUUUUUAGCACGAAUACGGGCUAUCUCGGCGGAUGGUAGUGACGAUGAGACCAACUCUUUCUCCACCUGCGGCUACAGUCCAAUUGCAGUUUUUAUUGCGAUGUUGGCGGGGCUUGUGAUCAUUGUUCUCAUCGUGGCCAUCGGUUUUCGUCGUUAUGACGGAACGAUGCGAAUGGUCUCGACAAACAGUCUAGCAAUCAGUGCAGCAUGCCAUGUGUUGGAAGAGGAUCGUGCAAGCGGGUAUCUUCUACCAGUUCAAUGGGGGGCUAUUCAGAUGACAGGAGGGGAGGGGAAGUGCGCAUUCACCACAGCCGCGGCAGACACAGUCAAAGUCCCACAACAAGGAUUGAGAUACAAGUGA